CUGACACGCGACACAUCUUUGUCAGUGAACAAAAUGGCGACUUACUGUCUCACCGUCGCGCGGCUUCAGCUUGCUCUGGGCCAUGGCGCACAGCGUCUGCACGUCUCAGCAGCUUACAGAGCCAAGGCCCAAGUUUCCAUGAGCCGUUUCGAGCCCACCUCUUUCGUCAGCUACGAGAAGCUCCAGUCCAAUGUUGACGUCGUGCGAAAAAGACUCAACCGACCUCUCACCCUAUCAGAGAAGAUCGUAUACGGCCACCUCGAUGACCCCCACAACCAAGAGAUCGAUCGCGGGCGCACCUACCUGCGCCUGCGUCCCGACCGCGUGGCCAUGCAGGACGCCACCGCGCAGAUGGCCAUGCUCCAGUUCAUCAGCAGUGGCCUGGCGCAGGUGGCGGUUCCCUCCACCAUCCACUGCGACCACCUGAUCGAGGCCCAGAUUGGUGGGGAUCAGGAUCUGGCCAGGGCGAAGGAAGUAAACCAAGAAGUCUACAACUUCCUGGCAAGUGCAGGUGCAAAAUAUGGAGUUGGUUUCUGGAAACCGGGUUCUGGAAUCAUCCAUCAGAUCAUCCUGGAGAACUACGCUUAUCCAGGUGUGAUGCUCAUCGGCACAGAUUCCCACACACCAAACGGUGGCGGACUUGGUGCCAUCUGCAUCGGAGUCGGAGGCGCUGAUGCUGUGGAUGUCAUGGCGGGGAUCCCCUGGGAGCUUAAGUGUCCCAAUGUGAUCGGGGUGAGGCUGACAGGUUCCCUCUCUGGCUGGACAUCACCAAAAGAUGUCAUCUUGAAGGUGGCGGGCAUUCUGACGGUGAAAGGCGGCACCGGAGCUAUCGUCGAGUACCACGGUCCGGGUGUCGACUCAAUUUCCUGCACUGGAAUGGCCACCAUUUGCAAUAUGGGAGCAGAGAUUGGCGCUACAACUUCAGUGUUCCCCUGCAACCACCGCAUGAGGACCUACCUGGAGAAGACAGGACGUGGAGAGAUCGCUGCUCUGGCUAAUGAGUACUCCGAUCUACUGGUGCCAGAUAAAGGCUGCGAGUAUGACCAGGUCAUCGAGAUCAAUCUGGAUGAGCUGAAGCCCCACAUCAACGGUCCAUUCACUCCUGACCUGGCUCACCCAGUGUCUGACGUGGGUUCCGUGGCUGAGAAGAAUGGCUGGCCAUUGGAGGUCAAAGUUGGUCUGAUUGGCAGCUGCACCAACUCCAGCUAUGAGGACAUGGGCCGCGCCGCCUCUGUGGCAAAACAGGCUUUGGACAAAGGCCUGAAGUGCAAAGCUCAGUUCACCGUCACACCCGGCUCGGAGCAGAUCCGCGCCACGAUUGAAAGAGAUGGUUACUCCAAGAUCCUUGGUGAUGUCGGAGGUGUCGUCUUGGCCAACGCUUGUGGACCCUGCAUCGGACAGUGGGACAGACGUGAUGUGAAAAAAGGCGAGAAGAACACCAUCGUCACCUCCUUCAACAGAAACUUCACAGCCAGGAACGACGCCAACCCUGCAACGCACGCCUUCGUCACGUCCCCUGAGAUUGUCACCGCCUUGGCCAUCGCCGGAACGCUAAACUUCAACCCAGAGAGCGACUACCUGACGGCCGCCGACGGCGAGAAAUUCAAGCUGGAGCCCCCCGUGGGAGAUGAGCUCCCAGCCAGAGACUUCGACCCAGGUCAGGACACCUACCAGCACCCGCCUGCUGACGGCACCGCCCUCAAGGUGGACGUCAGCCCUCAGAGCAACCGAUUACAGCUGCUGGAACCCUUUGACCGGUGGAGCGGCAAAGACCUCGAGGACUUGAGGGUUCUCAUCAAGGUGAAGGGCAAGUGCACCACUGACCACAUCAGCGCCGCCGGUCCUUGGCUCAAGUUCCGCGGCCACUUGGACAACAUCUCCAACAACAUGCUGAUCGGCGCCGUCAACAGCGAGAAUGAUGCCAUCAACUCUGUGAAGAACCACCUGACGGGGGAGUACGGAGGUGUGCCAGAUGUGGCUCGUCACUACAAGGCCAACAGCGUGUCGUGGGUUGUGGUGGGAGACGACAACUACGGCGAGGGCUCCAGCCGAGAGCAUGCCGCGCUCGAGCCCAGGCACCUUGGAGGAAGAGCCAUUAUUGUGAAGAGCUUCGCGAGAAUCCACGAAACUAACCUUAAGAAGCAGGGCUUGCUGCCUCUGACCUUCACCAAUCCAUCUGACUAUGAUAAGAUCUGCCCCGAUGACAAGAUCUCCAUUAAUGGACUUGAAACCUUCACUCCCGGAAAGCCUUUGAGCGCCGUCGUGAAGCACAGCGACGGCACCAAAGAUGUCCUGGAGCUCAACCACAGCUUCAAUGAAACGCAGAUCGAUUGGUUCAAAGCUGGUUCCGCUCUCAACAGGAUGAAGACACUCCAGCGCUGAGGGAUGAACCCCGGGGGCGGGUUUCAGCUGGGGGUGGUCGGGAAGCAUUAUAUAAUGAUUGUUUCAUGAUCUGCAUCAGACGGACGUGUCGGAAUACCUCGCAGACAACCUGACAUGUCACACUUGUGUCCAAUCAAACAAUAGCAACUGCUCCGUGGUCAUGUUUCAACUGCUGUUAUGCAUCACAAUACUGUACGUGACAUUAUAACGUAUGUGACGUAUGUCCAAGUCAAAACAAUGAGCCACUGCCUGCAGGGUUAAGCUUUGAGCCCACAUGUAGCUGCUCGCUGAUGUUCUCAAUGUUCUAUACUAACGGGUCAGAAUGUGACCGCUGGAGCUCCAGCUUGAUCAGAUUUAUUCAACCAGGUUGCUGUGUUGAGCAAUGUUGUGCAUGCCACACAUUUUACUACAGUUGUGUUUGUUUGCAACCAUUUACACCUGCAGUGUCAUCAUGGAACUAUUCAAAACAAUUGAACCGAACUUGUGAUUUCCACUAAGCAUUUCUUGAAUUAUAUCCAAGUCCCCCAACAGUGUUUUGGGUUUUCUAUCACAAUGUCUGUUGCUCAUUUGUCCCCCCGCUGUACCCCAAAAAAAAAAUAAUAAUUAAGGGUUGAAUGUGAAGUGUCUCCCCUUUCCUAUAUUUAUUUUCCAGGUUUAUUCACCAAAAUACUUUUUGUUCCAUGCUCUCAUGAUGCCCCCCCCCCCCCACCCCCAACAUGGGAAGGUUACUGAGGGCUAGGAAACAAAGCUGAUGUAAUACUGUUACCACUGAAUUAUGUAUGUAUGUAAAAAUUAAACUGUCAGAUGAAGUUUUGUUCAGCUGAUGAGGGGAAAGAUGUUUAAACAUGCCAUGGUUAUCUGCUCUCUGGCUCUAAUUCACUUUCAUGUAAACUGUCUUGUCUAUAUGCAUUUUGUUUCUCCCAGAUGAUCUAUGUUAUGGAGACCGGAAUGGGUUGUAGAAUAAAUACUGACAGAUCUCA